AUGACUAGUUUUGACCCUGAAUCUAUAUCCUACUUUAAUCCGAAUGUGGAUAGGCGGGUGGCAUUAAUUACAGGGGGUAAUAGUGGUAUUGGAUGGUAUACUGUGUUACACCUUUACCUCCAUGGAUAUAUUGUUUAUAUUGCAGCUAGAAGUAAAACGAGGGUAAAUACUUCUAUAAAUGAGCUUAAGGAAGAGGCUAUGGUUAUAAGACUGAAAUACACUUCGCAACAAUCCUCUAGUGAACGAUUUUUAGGAGAAUUAUACUACUUAGAUAUUGACUUAUUGAGCUUAUCGUCAGUCUUGAAUGCAGUUGAGACAUUUAAGUCUAGAGAAAAGCAUUUAAAUAUAUUAAUUAAUAAUGCAAGUGUUAUGGCUUUGCCGUACUCCAUAACAAAAGAUGGGUUUGAGAUUCAGAUGCAAACUAAUUACAUUUCACCUUUUCUAUUGACUACUAUGUUAUUACCGCUUUUGGAGAACUCUAGUGAAUUAUUUCCAAAAAGCGACCCGCCAAAGAUUAUUUACUUAAGUUCAAUUGGUCACCAAUUAGCUUUCAAGUAUUUCAAUUUGAAUUCUACAUUUAAUUACAGACCAAAUAUUGUGUUCACCUGGUUUAGGUAUGGCUUGGCUAAAACAUGUGGUAUUCACUUUAUGAAGAUGCUUGCCUUGAGAAAUCCAAAGAUAUUGUGUAUGUCUGUACAUCCCGGAUUUGUUAUGAAUACUAAUUUGUUCUCGUACUGGACUAGAUUACCUAUUAUAGGUAUACUAUUCUGGUGCUUUUUUCAAAUUUUUGGAUAUUUAUUUGGUGUCUCUAGCGAGCAAGGUUCGUAUGCUACUGUUAGAUGCUGUCUUGAUCCUAAUUUAUCUCUCGAGGAAGAUAAUGGAAAAUAUUUUGCAACUAAUGGUGCAGAAGCGGAACCAUCAAAAAUUGCUAAAAAUAUGAAUUACGCUGCUAGAACUUGGAUAUGGACCGUUCAGAAACUAAGUGAACGAAAAAUUAAUAUCCCAAAUUAG